GUCCGUUUAAAACCCUAGUUAUUCGUCUACACCGCGUUAGGGUUUGCAACUUUGCAGGACCUGUGGCAGCUCUGCGUUACUACCUAAACAAUGGCUGUUCCUUUGCUGACAAAGAAGAUUGUGAAGAAGCGUGUCAAGAAGUUCAAGCGUCCGCAAAGUGACCGGAAAAUUUCUGUCAAGACAAACUGGCGCAGGCCUAAGGGUAUUGAUUCACGUGUCAGGAGAAAGUUCAAAGGAUGUACUCUGAUGCCCAAUGUUGGUUAUGGCUCUGACAAGAAAACCCGCCACUAUCUUCCCAAUGGAUUCAAGAAAUUUGUUGUGCACAAUGUCUCAGAGCUGGAACUUCUUAUGAUGCACAACAGGACCUACUGUGCCGAGAUAGCACACAACAUUUCAACCCGGAAGAGGAAGGAGAUCGUUGAACGUGCUGCACAGUUGGAUGUUGUUGUUACGAACAAACUGGCCAGGUUGCGUAGCCAGGAGGAUGAGUGAGCUUGAUGCAUUGUUUUGGAUUAUAAUUUACUGAGUAUUAUGUUUUGGAUGAAUGGAUGCGAAUCAAAAACUGUUUCCUGCUUGAGUCAGUUUAGUUGACAAUUUUAAAUUCCGAUUUCUUUUCUCCAAUGAUAUAUUUUUAUGUCAAUU